AUGUCGGCCUCCUCACCCAAAUACGCGCCCUUUACCAUCCUCAGCACGAGCUACAAAUCCGUCGACGACCACGCCAUCCAAGUGCACACGCUCAUCCCCAAACUCCUGCUCGCCAACAUCACGCCCGCCGCCGCGACAUCCCUCACCGCAGCCGAGUCGUCCAAACCAACGCCGCGGCCCAUCCUGGUCAAAUUCCACGGCGGCUUCCUGGUCACGGGCGACGCGCUCUACGACGACUGGUUCCCGCAAUGGCUGGUCGACUACGCCCUGCAGCACACGGCCGUCGUGGUGCUGCCCAACUAUCGACUCCUGCCCGAAUCGACCGGCCGCGAGAUCAUGGCCGACGUGCACGAUUUCUGGACCUGGCUGCGCGAUGACUUCCCGCGGUAUUUGCACGGCCGUCUCCUCCAGGCCGGAGCCGGAGUCGAAGUCGAUCUGACCAAGGUGCUCGUCGCGGGCGAGAGCGCGGGCGGGUAUUUGAGCGUGCAGUCCGCGCUGGGGAGUUCGGGCGGGUUGGCCACGGCUUGCAUCGCCACGUAUCCCGUGCUGGACGUCGCCUCGCCCUUCUACACGGAGGAGUAUGAGAAGGUGAUUCUGGGGGCGCCGACUCUGCCCAAGGACGUGCUUGGCGAGCAUAUCAGGAUGCUAAAGAAGGAGGAGGAGGAGAAGAGUGGAAAAAAGACGGUGGUGAGUAGCGCGACGCCGCCGGACAGGUUGCCCUUUGCGCUGUCGAUCGUGCAGCAGGGGUUGUAUCGGAAGUUGUUGGGCGAGGACAAGAUCUUGUAUCCCCUGGAGAGGAUCGAGGACGUGGAUGGCCGGGAUGUGCCCCCGAUUCUGAUCAUCCAUGGGAGGGAGGAUAGUGCGGUGCCGGUGGAGGGCAGUGAGAAGUGGCUCGAGAGGGCGAGGGAAAAGUUUGGCGAGGCCAAGGUUGAGUUGGUUGUGCAGCCGGGCGAACAUGGCUUUGAUACGGACCCGAGCGUCACGCUGGAGACUCCGUGGUUGAAGGAUGGAUUGGGUCGCAUCACCGAGGCAUGGUUGGGCGGCAAGUAG